AUGGGCUUCUACGAUCCAGCCCCCAAGCCAACGAGCCCUCUGGGCUUCCACCGCGUCCUUUCCCCCUCCGCCGGGAUCAAGGUCUCGCCCUUGUGUCUGGGGUCAAUGAACUUCGGGACGAACUGGGAGAGCUUCAUGGGGAAAUGCGAGAAGCCAGAAGCCUUUGCCAUCAUGGAUGCGUUCUACGACAAUGGGGGGAAUUUCAUUGACACAGCCAACUGCUACCAAGACAACCAAUCCGAAGAGUGGAUCGGGGAGUGGAUGGAAGCCCGGGGGAACCGCGACCAGAUGGUUAUAGCAACAAAAUACACCCACGGCACACACGCCCACAACCACACCAACACCCCCCUGCAAUCAAACCACGUCGGCAACUCGCUCAAAUCGCUCUCCCUGUCUGUAGCAUCCAGCCUUUCACGCCUCCGCACCUCAUACAUCGACAUCCUCUACCUCCACUGGUGGGACUUCACCACCGACAUCUCCGAGAUCAUGACGGGCCUUAACCACCUCAUUGCGGCGGGGAAGGUGCUCUACCUCGGCGUCUCGGACACACCGGCCUGGGUGGUUGUCAAGGGGAAUGCGUUUGCAAGGAGUCACGGACUUCGGCCGUUCUCGGUGUAUCAGGGGUUGUGGAGUGCGGGGGUUCGUGAUGUAGAGAGGGAGAUUGUGCCGAUGUGUCGGGAUCAGGGGAUGGGGGUUACGGCGUUUGGGGUGCUGGGGCAUGGGAAGUUCAAGGCUGCGGCUGCGGCGGCGGAGAAAAGGGAGGGCUCGGGCAGGGCGGCGGAGAUGUCAGAAAGGGACGUGAAGGUGUCGGGGGUGUUGGAGGGCAUUGCGCGAAGGAAGGGGUGCAGUCUGCACGCUGUUGCCCUCGCAUACACCCUGCACAAAACACCCUACGUCUACCCCAUCAUCGGCGGCCGGACGGUGGACCAUCUGACAGCGAAUAUCGAGGCCUUGUCCGUUGAGCUGGCCACGGACGAGAUGAAGGAGAUUGACGCCGCUGUCCUGUUUGAUGCUGGGUAUCCGCAUACGUUCCUCUUCGGGGAGCAGUAUGGCCUUGACAAGACGGCGUCGGAUGUCUGGUUGACGGCGUUGUCGGCUCAUAUUGACUCGCCGCCUCAUCAGCAGCCGGUCAGAGCUAGGGCUCAGCAGAAUACCUAA